AUGGGUCGCUUCAACAAGAACAACGGCCCCGCCGCCGAUCGCGCCGUCACGGCCGACACGCUCAGCAAGAGCCAACUCUACUUCAGCUUCGCGCUCGUCUCGUCCCUCUUCUUCGUGUGGGGUCUGUCGUACGGUCUGCUCGACUCGCUCAACAAGACUUUCCAGGACUCGCUCCACCUCACAAAGGCUCAGUCCACCGGACUCCAGGCAUGCUACUUCGGCGCCUACCUCAUCAACGGUCCCAUCUCCGGUCCUCUCGCAAGGAAGUACGGCUACCCCUUCUCCAUCCACGGCGGUCUCGGUCUCUUCUCCCUCGGCGCCAUCAUGUUCUGGCCUUGCGCUGUCUACUAUUCCUACCCAGGUUUCCUCGUCUGCACUUUCGUUACUGCUUCCGGUCUCGCAUGGCUCGAGAUGGCCGCCAACUCCUACAUCACCGUUCUCGGUGCCCCUGACAUGGCCGCCUUCCGUCUGGUGUUUGCUCAGUCCUGGAACGGUGUCGCCUCCGUCCUUGGCCCCAUCAUUGCCGGUCGCACUUUCCUCAAGACUGGUCAGUCGCACACCCUCAACCACCUCCAGUGGGUCUACCUCGGUAUCUCGCUCUUCGGUUGCGUCAUCAACCUCCUCUUCUUCGUCGCUAAGCUCCCCGAGGUCAAGCAGGAGGUCGACGCCGCCAUCGAUGCCAAGCCCGUCUCGAUCUGGACUCAGAAGCACCUCAUCUUCGGUGCUUUCGCAGAGUUUAUGUAUGUGGGCAGCCAAGUGGCUGUUGCGUCCCUCACGAUCAACUACUACGUCGAGCAGCCCGGUCUCAACAUCACCGUGGGCCGAGCAGCAGAUCUCUUCUCGGUCACACUGGCUGUUUUCACGAUCGCGCGCUUCCUCGGAGUUCCCAUUCUUGCAAAGGUCGACUCGGCUCUGAUGCUCUUCAUCUUCGGAAUCGGCUCGGCAGUCAUGUCGAUCCUGGCCGCAGUUGUUCCUGGAGCCGGAGGCAUCGCAUGUGUGAUGCUCAUCUUUUUCUUCGAGUCCAUCUGCUACCCGAUCAUUUUCACUCUCGCGACCUCGAACCUUGGCGCCAACCAGAAGCUCGGAAGUGCUCUCGUCGCCGCUGGUGUCUCGGGAGGUGCUUGGUACCCUAGCGUUCAGGCCACCGUGGCCGACAAGACCAGUACCCGCAAGUCCUUCUUCGUGCCUAUCGUCGGCUUCGCUGUCGUGGCCUGGUACGGACUCUACAUGCACAUGCGCGGCUGCAAGCAGCAGGGCUACUGGAGCUGGCGUAAGCUCGACAAGCAGACCGCCAUGGCUGUCACUGCUGCCCACCGCUCCGACUCGGACAUCGAGCAGGACAGCUCCGAGAAGGAUGUCAAGGUGUCCACUCCCACGUACGCCUCCGUUCCCUACCAGCAGUAA